AUGAACGUCGUCCGUGAAAUCAAUGCCAUCAACGAAGCCGAGCUCCGUCUGGGCGUAUCAGGCUCAUGGCACGACACGUACAAAGAUUCUGCAUACAUCUAUGUCGGGGGGCUCAACUACGAGCUGACCGAAGGGGACGUGAUCACCAUCUUUUCGCAGUACGGCGAGGUGGCAAACGUGCAUUUGCCGCGGGACAAGGCGACGGGGAAGCAGCGGGGGUUUGGGUUCCUCAUGUAUGAGGACCAGCGGUCGACGGUGCUGGCUGUGGAUAACCUGAACGGAGCCAAGGUCCUGGGGAAGACGCUUAGGGUGGAUCAUGUCAGGGAUUAUAAGCAGCCGAAGGAGAAGGGGGAGGAUGGCGAGUGGAGGGAGGUCGAGGGGGAGCAGUUUAAUGCCAGGCCGCAGGAUAUUGUGGAUGAUGAGGGAGAGGAAGAGGAGGAGGAAGAGGAUCUGGGCAAGGAUAUCGAUCCAGAGGACCCGAUGAGGGAGUUUAUCAUUGAGCAGAGGCGGAAAAAGAAGAGAAAACAUGAAGGAGAGACCAGGGAAGAGAGACGAAAGCGGAAAAAGGAGAAACGCAAAAGAAAAAGUGCAGCAAAAGACGUGGAAGCAUUGUUGGAUAGCUUGAAGAGUCGUCAUUCACGCUAA